AUUUCAGCUUUUGGAGUAAUUCUGGUAUGUUUUUCUACAUCAUGCUAGUGGCAGAAGAUUGUGCUCCUUCAACUUCUGGCAUGGACAGCUGAGGAAUAUAAAGCCUGAUGGUGGCAAGGGGUGAAAAUUUCCUGUUUUCCACUAUUUACCUCACCAGUCUCAGACUUAGCAAUGGAUAUUCUUCCUGAUGAGGAGAGCUCUAUGAACCCAACUACGAAUUCCCUAAUACAAAUAAAUCAUGAGAGAAGACUCUACAGAAAUGUUUACGGAGCUGGAGAGAUUAAUAUAUCACAUCUCUUUAACUUGACUGUGGACUCUGAAAACCUAACCAAUCUUUCUUGUGAAAGCAACGUGAGUCCAUCGUGCCACCCUUCCCUGUUUCAGCUUUCACAGAAAAACUGGCCAGCUUUGCUGACAGUGAUAGUGAUUGUUUUAACCAUUGCUGGAAAUAUUCUUGUCAUCAUGGCUGUGUCACUGGAGAAAAAACUACAGAACGCCACUAACUAUUUUCUAAUGUCACUCGCAAUAGCUGAUAUGCUGCUGGGUUUCCUUGUCAUGCCUGUGUCAAUGUUAACCAUACUUUAUGGAUACACAUGGCCUCUGCCUACAAAGCUCUGUGCUAUCUGGAUCUACUUGGACGUACUUUUCUCCACUGCCUCCAUCAUGCACCUCUGUGCCAUCUCACUGGAUCGCUAUAUUGCCAUUCGAAACCCCAUCCAUCACAGCCGGUUUAACUCAAGAACUAAGGCUUUUGCAAAAAUAAUUGCUGUUUGGACCAUAUCAGUUGGUAUCUCCAUGCCUGUACCUGUCUUUGGACUACAAGAUGAUUCCAAAGUGUUUAAGAAAGACAGCUGCCUACUUGCAGAUGAGAAUUUUGUCCUAAUAGGCUCUUUUGUGGCAUUCUUUAUCCCUCUAACAAUCAUGGUGGUCACCUACUUUUUAACUAUCAAGUUGCUGCAGAAGGAAGCUACACUAUGCGUGAAUGACAUUGGCCCAAAGACCAAAUUUGCUUCAUUUAGCUUCCUCCCUCAGAGUUCUCUGUCCUCAGAGAAACUCUUUCAGCGAUCUUUGAGCAGAGAUGUGGGAACUUCUGGAAGAAGAACCAUGCAAUCCAUCAGCAAUGAGCAGAAGGCUUCCAAGGUUCUUGGCAUUGUCUUCUUUCUGUUUGUUGUGAUGUGGUGCCCAUUUUUCAUCACCAAUGUGAUGGCCGUAAUUUGCAAGGAGUCGUGCGAUCAAACAGUCGUUGGAGAACUACUUAAUGUAUUUGUUUGGAUUGGCUACCUUUCUUCGGCUGUCAACCCACUCGUAUAUACAUUGUUCAAUAAAACCUACCGCUCAGCUUUCUCUCGUUACAUUCAGUGUCGCUACAAGGAGGAGAAGAAACCCUUCCAGCUGAUUUUAGUGAACACUAUCCCAGCACUUGCAUAUAAUUCCAGCCAGCUCCAGCUAGCAAAAAUGAAGAGUUUGAAAAAUGAGGCAAAAAUGAUGGCUAAGGACUAUUCAAUGGUCACGAUAGGAAUACCUCAUUUGGAUGGUACCUCCAAGGGAAGUAUCAGCCCAGCAAACGAAAAGGUUAGCGGUGUGUGACAGUUGGCAGCUGCCAUGACAACCACCAUGCACACUCUGUGAGCUUCACCUGGCUGUGAGAAGCUCUAAUAGCUGAGGAAAAUCAGUCCUGUUCAAGAGACCCACCAAGAACAUCACAUACUCCUCACAUUAUCCUGUGUAUGAAAAGCAGGGCUGAAAUGGUAUCAGAUGUGCAAUUUCUUUUCAUACAGUAC